GUGUUGCUCCAGUUCUAAGCAAAUGCUUUCGCUUUCUAACAAGGCUUCCUGCAGGAGACACACUGUACACAGUCAACAAGAAAUCAGACCAGUCUACUUGGUAAAAUGACUGCUUGUGUUGCUGAAGAACCUAUUAAAAAGAUUGCUAUCUUUGGAGGGACUCACGGAAAUGAGCUGACAGGAGUGUUUCUAGUUACUCACUGGCUAAAGAAUGGUGCUGAAAUUCAGAGAGAAGGGCUGGAGGUGAAGCCAUUCAUAACCAACCCAAGAGCAGUGGAGAAAUGUGUCCGAUACAUUGACUGUGACCUGAAUCGUGUUUUUAACCCUGAAAAUCUUAGCAAAGAGAUGUCUGAGGAUUUGCCAUAUGAAGUGAGACGGGCUCAAGAAAUAAAUCACUUAUUUGGUCCAAAAAAUAGUGACAAUUCCUACGAUGUUGUUUUUGACCUUCACAAUACGACUUCUAACAUGGGCUGCACUCUUAUUCUCGAGGAUUCCAAGAAUGACUUUUUAAUCCAGAUGUUUCACUAUAUUAAGACUUCCUUGGCUCCGUUGCCCUGCUAUGUUUAUCUUAUUGAGCAUCCUUCCCUCAAAUAUGCAACCACUCGUUCCAUUGCCAAGUAUCCUGUUGGUAUAGAAGUUGGUCCCCAGCCUCAGGGUGUUCUGAGAGCUGAUAUUUUGGACCAAAUGAGAAGAAUGGUUAAACAUGCUCUUGAUUUUAUACACCAUUUCAACAAAGGAAAAGAAUUCCCUCCCUGUGCUAUUGAAGUCUAUAAAAUAAUGGAGAAAGUUGAUUAUCCAAGGAAUGAAAGUGGAGAAGUGGCUGCUGUUAUCCAUCCUAAUCUGCAGGAUCAAGACUGGAAACCGUUACACCCUGGAGAUCCCGUGUUUGUGUCUCUUGAUGGAAAGACUAUAACACUGGGUGGAGACUGUACCGUGUACCCGGUGUUUGUGAAUGAAGCUGCAUAUUAUGAAAAAAAAGAAGCAUUCGCAAAGACAACCAAGCUAACACUCAACGCAAAAAGCAUCCGCUCCACUUUGCACUAAAAACCACUGCCAGCUCACAGUUCCUGGGAGUCUUGCAAGCCUCCAGGACCCUGUAAACGCCCCAAGAGCAGGGCUGUGCCUUAUUCUACUUCUUUUCCUCAACACUUGGUCCCAUGCAGUAAGCAUCCGGGCCAGUUUCUGAAAGAAAAGAAUAAAUUAAUGAAUGUCUUUCAAAUAUA